GUCAAGGAAAGGCUACCUGGAAAUAAUGAAGAUGACUUUCAAUCAACGUGUGGCGUUAUGCUUGUUAGGGCUUGUCAUUGGACAAGCUGCAGCAUUGCCACAACAUCCCCAAUACACUCAGCAAUAUCCUCAACAAUAUCAGCAACAAGUCAGAGAUGAAAGGAAAUUUGCUGAGAAACCUAACGCCAUGAAAAAAGUUGCAAUCGACGAUCUCGAGGACAUCAGUACCAAUCAGAUUCAAGUUAGUCGAAAAACAAGUCGAAGCUUUCCUUGGAACACUGAAGGAAGCAGCAGCGGUUUCUCGUGGUCUAACAUGUUAGGAAUGUUCAUGCAAAUGCUUUUGGGUCAAACUGGUGGUAUAACUGGACCGAGUAAAAAUGACAUAGAUGAUGGUGUACCAGCAAGUCCAUGGGCAAAUCUUCUCUCAGUUGGUCUACGAGUACUUACAGCACUUUUAGGUGGUCCACAACAAUCCGUUGAUGGUAUCGACAAAGUCGAUAAUCAAAGCAGUCCCAUGCAGGUAUUCGAUAAGGAGAUUUUGACUGCGGUGUUGGGCGCGUUUCUAGGACAGGGCAGAGACCCAAAUCAGGUUGCUGUCAUGGCUAAAAAUGCUUCAGAGUUCAUCAGCAUCGUCAUCAACCUGUUGGACGCAUUGAAAACAUCCUUCUCGCAUCGUUCUUUAUCAGCACGUUCUCUUGGUAGACACGACAGCGUUUCUGAAGCAGCAAUGGCAUCAAUCAGUAUGCUUAAGGGAUACGUGAGAUCGGUAAAAACUUUCAGUAAUAUUGGUAGAGCCGAGGACGAAGGUCAACAAGGUUGUGCCGAAAGGGCCCUUUGCGAAGCCAGUGCUGAAUGUGCAGCCGAUGCACAAGGCACAUCAACGAUUUUCUGUCAAUUAGGAUCAUACGCAACAAGUUACAUGUUGCAAAGGCAAAGUGGCGUAGGAUUCGAGGCACUUUACGAUGCUGGACGACGUGGUCGUAUGGGAGAAGAUUGCAGAACUCUUUUCAUGGAUUGUAACGUCGCAUGAGCAAACAAAUUUCGCGUAAAAAACGUUAUUUCAACUUUCGCAGAUACCGUUCGAUAUUUAUUUCGUUGAAAGAAAAAAGGGAAAAAGAAAAUUUAUAUUAAAAAAACAAAGUCGCACGCGGGAAAAAUCAUCGUUAGAAACAUUCCGCCAGAAAAAAAGAAAGUUAUAAAAAUUGCAUUUAAAAAAAAAAAAAAAAAA